AUGUCCGUGGCUGUGGUCCUCGGGGAGGAAGAAGUGCUCAUAGAGGCAGUAUCCGGCGAAGAGGACGGUGGCAGUUCCCAAGCCGGGGAACAGGCCCUUGAAGCGGUUCCAUCGAGUGAAGGGGCCGGUGUAUCGCCAAGCCUCGCUGCGGAGGGAGAAAUCAGCUCAUUCACGUACUUCCGAGCCCAUGGGUCCUUCUUUGCCCAGACUGACGAGGGAUCGGCAGCAGCCUUGAACUCCUUGAUGUCGAACCCGGUGGGGUUUCGCUCCGGCAUUGUGGGCUAUGAGGAGCCUCUGCCCGAGAUUUCCACAGCUCAAACAACUGCUGUCGACAGGAGGGAGGGAGCAAAAGCCACCGACGAGGAAUGCGGAGAGAGAAGGGCGAAGGCAGGACGUUUGAAGCUGUCCAGGAAUGGGCUUGGCGGCGGUCCCGUGAGGCCGGGCGCUAAACCCAAUCCAGCACUGCUGAAGUCUGCGACUCGCCUGCCGCCCAAGUUGCGAAACUACGGUGUUGGUUCAGCUUCUGUCUGGCAGACAGUGGAUAUCGUCCUCGGUCGGAAAGACUGGUCAGCUGCUCCACCCUUAUUCAUGACUGAUCCCGUCGCCAACCCCUCCGCAGACGAGAGACUGCAAGCUCAUCUGCAGCAACAACAAUCACAACAACACCAUGCAGCGCACGCUCAAUCCGCCAAUACCGGUCUUCCUCCCCCUUCACUCGGUGGUCACCCCGGUUUCGCCGCGGCAAACUCGAACUCGAACGUAAACCCCUUCUCUCUCAACCAGGCAGCGAUGGCAAACGGCGUUUCGGUAGGAGGCUUUGCUGGAGGCGGCGCUGGUGAUGGUGGAGGGGGCACAGGGUUAGCCAGUCAUGCUGCGCAGAUGGGCUUCGUGAGAGGCGCACAGAUGCAGCAACAGCAACAGCUCCACCAAGGGCAAGAUGGGCGGUUGAUGGUAGAGGGGAAAUCUGCGAUCAAGACGCGGAUACGUGAUGUGUGGAAACAUAACCUGGCACAAGAGAUGGCUGUGUUAAGGCGGUUGGUCGAGAAGUAUCCGUACAUCAGCAUGGACACAGAGUUCCCCGGUAUUGUCGCCCGUCCCAUCGGGUCUUUCGCGAACAAAGCCGACUAUCAUUACCAGACCCUGCGCUGCAACGUCGACCUCCUAAAGAUGAUCCAGCUGGGCAUCACGUUAUUUUCUCCUGAAGGAGAACUCCCUCCAGCUACGCCAAACGAGGCUAACGGACAGGGAUACGGCAACAACUACGCUCCGGCGCCCUGCACGUGGCAAUUCAAUUUCAAAUUCUCUUUGGAAGAAGACAUGUACGCGCAGGAGUCGACGAGCAUGCUAGCCAAAGCCGGGAUUGAUUUUGCCAUGCAUGAGAAGAAUGGUAUCGACCCAUUCGAGUUUGGCGCCUUGCUGAUCAGCUCGGGCCUUGUCCUGGUGGAUGAUGUCCACUGGAUUUCCUUCCACUCCGGCUACGAUUUUGGCUAUCUGAUGAAGAUCAUGCUCUGCAAGCCUCUUCCUGAAGAUGAGGAGACGUUCCACAAACUGCUGAAAAUCUUCUUCCCUUCACUAUACGACAUUAAAUACCUUAUGAAACACGCCGGACGGAAUCAGGCUGUCAACGACUCUCCGCUGACUCCGGCAGCUGCUCAGAUCAUUGCCAACCUGGGGCAGAAGUCGGGUCUGCAGGACAUUGCGGACGAGCUGGGCGUCAAGCGCGUGGGUAUUGCUCACCAGGCGGGCUCGGACUCGCUUGUCACGGGAGAGAUCUACUGGAAGAUGCGUCAGGUUGUGUUCAACGGCACCAUCGACGAGGCCAAGUAUUCGGGACAAGUUUGGGGAUUGAACGGCCAGUUACCCGCGGUGACGUAUCACAACACCAACAACAGCAACAGCAACAACAACAACAACAACCAGGCGCAGCAGACUCCCAAUCUGAACGGGGCAACCAUCUAUUCGAAUGCUGGCACGCCCAGUACGCCAAACAACGCGUCGAACGCAACAGGAAAUCAGACACCCCAGCAGCAAGGUCAGUCCGGCGCGGGGGCUCUCACUCCUGGAGGUGGUGGAGGGGUGUUUGGGCAGUUCCAAAUGGGAAAGUCAUGA